CUCGCCUCAUCCAAGUGGCUCAGAGUCCACUGAGGCAAAGAGGGGAAAGCGGGGGGAAAGGAGAGCAGCGUUGUGGCAGCCAGCAUCAGUCACCUUGGAGCAGUCCCAGUGAGUGAGCAGAGGAGGGGUGGGAGAUGGUCGGCAGCCUCUCUGCUGAACUCUCACUGAUCAUCUCUGAUUGAUUGCCUCUGAUUUCUACGACUCCUCCACCAGCAACAUGAGCUCCUCAUCGGCCAGCCUUCACAACAAACGCCUGCCCUCGGAGAGCGAGCGAGGCCAGAGGCUCCCAGAUGUGGACGCAGCACAGCAGCUCAAGUUAAGAGAGCGACAGCGUUUCUUUGAGGAGGUCUUCCAGCACGAUGUGGACGCCUACCUGUCCUCGGCGCACCUUUGUAUCCGAGACUAUAAGAGACCUCCAAUUGGCAGCAUCUCGUCCAUGGAGGUGAACAUAGACUUGCUGGAUCAAAUGGAGCUGAUUGACAUUUCUGACCAAGAGGCCUUGGAUGUCUUCUUAAGCUCUGGGGGAGAGGAGGGGGUGCUGACCUCCCCGCUGCCAGUCCAAGGAAACAACAACAAUGAGCAAGUCAUCAGUAAUGGACUCUUUCGACAUGUCCUCGAGGGUCUUGAUGCCAAGUCCCGCAUGUCCUCCACAUCUUCUAACUCCUCCUAUGACAGCCAGACCACCAACCCCAACGGAGGAGACACCCCUGAAGUGAGGUCAGACGAUGAGGAAACACAGACCAGCACAGUCAAGAGAAGAGCCGCGCCUCCAGAGAUAGAGACUGUGAAAAGUCAGAUGUCAUCAUCGUCUUCAUAGAAUGCACCGUCUCCACAAUAGAUUUCCACCUGCAGCUCGGGAGCUGACACCUCAGCCGAAGGGGUGAAGAGUCUUCCACACACUGGCUCUUAUCACUGCUUUCAACCUGUUCUUUUGAUUUAUGAGUUGUAUGUUCUGUGUGUGUUUUGGGGGUGCAGACCAUGAACUGUAAAUAUGGAGGUUUCCUAUGAAUUCCCACCCAUUUCCAUUCAUGUUUUGGCACGUUUUGUCAGACAAGUUUGUUCCCAUUUCUGAGCUCACAGGGCUUCUUGUAGUUGAUGAGUGGUAGAAUUUUGUACAGUAUUAACACAAACCAGGACAGUAGAGCAGUAACUGAAAAUAAUAAAAUGAUACUUGGAUCAUUUAAGAUAAAUUUGGCAAUAGAAAGCUUAAUUCCAUUAAAUGUACUGUUUUUGAAAGCAACACACUUGUCCUGCCAAUGGAAGUUCUCAGUUUUAUAGCUCCAAUUUUAAAUAAGCUCUAACAAGAUGUCUUUGUUUUAACAAUAAAGGAAGAGAUGAAAAUGUG